AUGCAAAUUGGUGAUGCUAUUGCACCACGUUUGAAUUCAGAUGAACCAAACGGGCCUUAUGAACCUAAAGCUCUAGUACAAGUUAGUAGUAAACUUAUUGUAUUAAUGGAAUUACUUCGCGGACUGUUCAGUGAUGGUCAUCGGGUCCUUAUUUUUUCACGAUUGACAAUGAUGCUGGACAUUUUGGAAGAAGUUAUGAUAAAUGCAGGAUACAAAUAUGUACGCAUUGAUGGUCGUGUACGAGGUCAUUUAAGACAAGUUACAAUUGAUCGUUUCAAUUCACCGAACUCAGAAUUCUUUAUCUUUUUAUUGUCGACGCGUGCUGGUGGAGAAGGGAUCAAUCUUGCUUCAGCGGAUACGGUUGUUCUUUAUGAUUCUGACUGGAAUCCUCAAUGGGAUUUGCAGGCUCUCUCUCGGGCUCAUCGGAUAGGGCAGUCCAAACAUGUAGUUAUUUACCGGUUUAUAACACGUCAUAGUAUCGAGGAAAAGAUAUCUCAAGUGGCACGUCGAAAACUUGCUCUGACUCAGUUGAUUGUUGAUCAGCAUCAAAAGCGUUCUCCGAAAACUUCAGAAAAUCCUUCAGUUCCGCUUCUGCAACCGCUUUUAGAAGAGAAGCAGCAGGAGCCAGUUGAAGAUGAUGAUAAGGUGCAAACAUUGACAAAUAUGAAUGAUUCACAAGCUAAUCAAGACUCUAUCUCCAGAUCUGAUCAAGACCAUAUUCUUCCAGAUUCCACUCAAACACAAUCGAACACCAAAUCAGUGACUCGUCUGACCCGUUCAGAAAUGGAUGAAUUAUUGCGUUCUGGUGUCGAAGCCCUAUUUGCUUCGGAUGAUUCCUAUAGUACAGAGGAUUUAUACAAUGCAGCUCGAGUGGACGCGGAUGAAUCACGAGACUCCUGUAGAAGAAUUGUGUAUGAUGAACAAGCUAUUUUAAAACUACUGGAUCGUUCACAAAUGAUGGCUGAUUCGGAACAAACAAUUUCAGCUGCUGAUGAGUAUUUAAGUGCUUUCCGAGUUGCACACUUUGAUGAAACAAACACUGUUACUGAUGAUUCUGAGGCAAAGCAUAAUGAGGAACUAAACGAUAAUUUUCAGGAAUCGGAAAUUACAGAAGAGAAGACAGUAUCAGUUCAUCCAACCACAUUUAUUCACGAAACAAAUACUGAGUGCAUUGGAUAUGCUGAAUUUUGGGAUAAACUGUUACGUGAGCGUCAUGACCGUCUUGUUAAUGCGGAACUGGAAUCAGCAAGUAAAUCAAGGCGCAACAAUCGAAGCAUUUAUAGACAGGUCUUAAGUGAUUUGAUAACUGAUAAGUCUCUUGAUAAUGUCGAAGAAGUAACUAUCAGAAAACAACUAAAACUUGAAAAGGAUGAUGAACACUCAACAGAUUCAUCUGUCGGUGAUAAGGAAAAACUUUUCAAUAGGACUGAAGCUGUCCGUGAAGUAACAAAAUUACGUUUGUCCCGGCAGGAAUUGCGCAAAGUCUUCAACUUCUAUCAUAGAUUUGAGGAUGAGAAGUUAAAAUCUCUAGUUGAAGAACUUAAAAGUAAAUAUGCAAGUCUGGAGAAUGAAAACAACAGAACUAGAACUCGUUACUCAAAACCAAUGCCUGCAUCAGUUAAACGAUCAAGGUUAUCGAAGUCAACUGGUAAGAUGGCAAGUUACCAACCUAUUUAUCCGUCACCCAGUUUUCAAGAUUUUUCCACAGACCAUAUAAUAGAUUUUGAGGAUUCUGAAGAGGAGUGCUCGUUUCCUGAAAUUACCAGUGAUGACGAUCCUUCUUAUAUGCCGUCUGAUGAAGGUGAUUUAGUCGACACUGUUGAAUUAAAAGAUUCACUGCCAUCAUAUGUAAGCAUUUAUGUAAUUUAGUAAACAAGACCUUAAUUUUGUGUAACAUAUUUGACUAAUCAUACGAUUCUUAGACAAUCACUGAUGGAACGUCACAUAAUUAUAUGGAUAAUGAAAGUCAUAAAAGUAGCGAUGAGUCAAACGAAAUUCAACUCUCAGUCAGUCAAUAAUUAAAAAGAUUUUUACGAUUAUAAUAGGAAUAAGCAAGCGAUUAAUCAAAAUCCAGAUGAA